AUGACAAGGUUGAGAGGAGAGAGCACGCUUCCAUGGAUGUGCAUUGGGGACUUCAAUGAAAUUUUGCGGCCUGAGGAACAAUUUGGCCCAAAUGAGCGUGACAGUGCACAGAUUGACGCUUUCAGAGAGGCUGUGGAUAUUUGUGGACUGGCUGAUUUGGAUUACCGUGGUUUGGAUUGGACUUGGGAGAAGAAAGUGUCAGGAGGUUAUUUUUGCAGGGUAAGGUUGGACAGAGCUCUGGGUACGGCUGAAUGGCCGGCCCUCUUUCCGUUUGCCUCGGUGGAACACCUAACAACGGCUAAAUCUGACCACUUCCCUAUCUUAUUACAAACGGAUUUUGUGGACUCGAGUGUGAGAGCAAAGCAGAAGCAGUUUCCGUAUGAAUGCAUGUGGGAGCGUGAUCCAAGUUUUGGGGAUGUGGUAGCUGAAGCUUGGAACACUUCUGGAAAGGCCAAUACUGUUGCGGCUCUGUCCGACAAACUUGCUUUUGUGGCCGGUACGCUGCGCAAGUGGGGCCGAACCACCUUUGGUGCUAUCAGAACCGAGCAGCGGUCGCUUCGAACGAAGCUUGCAGAACUACGAGCUCUUCCCGACCAUGGGGGUCCAUCGCCGGAAGAGGAACGUGUAGAAGCCCGCAUGUCCGAGCUUUGUUUAUGUGAGGAGAUCAUGUGGCGUCAACGGGCUCGCAUUCAGUGGUUGGCGGAGGGAGACAACAAUACCAAAUUUUUCCAUCGGAAGGCCAGUGCUCGCAAAGCAAGGAACCGUAUCUGUGAAUUGCAACGUGCAGAUGGCACGGUCUGUGUGGAUGAUCAAGAGAUGCCAAGCAUGACAACAAGUUUCUACAUCAAUCUGUAUGCUUCUGAAAACACGAUCUACAUUGAUGAAGUACUAUCUCAUAUACCACCUAGGGUGGAUGCUGCCAUGAAUGACAUGCUUAACGCUCAAUAUACCAACGCCGAGAUCCUACUCCGCCUCCCCCCGCAGCCGUCCUCCCUCCUCCGCGCCUCCCUCGUCAGCAAGCGCUGGCGCGGCCUCGUCAAGCGCCGCCGCUUCCUCCGCCUCUUCCGCGCCCGCCACGGGAGCCUCCCCCUCCUCGGCGUCUUCCCCGGCGAGGUUGACAUGAGCCACCCCUUCUUCACGCCCUCCCUCGACCCGCCCGACAGGGUACCCGCCGCGCGCUUCCCCGUGCCGCUCGCCCCCCUCGCCUUCCCCCUCGUCCUCGACUGCCGCCACGGCCUCGCCCUCGUCCUCAACCGGCGUGUCAGCCAGCUCCUGGUGUGGGAUCCGGUGACCGGAGACAAGCGCCCUGUGGACCUCCCCCCGGCCUUCAAGGGGCGGCAGGUGAUGCUCCACAACGGGUUAGUACUCUGCGCCGGCGCCGCCACCGCCGCCGCGGAAGGCCGCCUGCACGGCAGCUGCAAUUCCAGCCCAUUCAAGGUGGUGCUGCUGGCCUCUGGCAGAACACAUGAGCGAUCCUUCUCGGUCUGCGUCUACUCAUCGCAGACAGGCGCAUGGGGCGAUGUGAUUUCAGCAGAGUUUCAACCUGCCGCAAUGGAGCCUCUGUAUACGGCGUCUGAGCUAUACAUGUACCUCCCUAGUACCUUGGUUGGGAGCUCCAUCUACUGGCUGCUUCGUGGCAACGGCGACACCAUCGUCGAGUUCGAUAUGGGUAGCCGGAGCCUAGCUGUGAUAGAGAUGCCACUAGAUCUGUAUGACCAUGACAAAUCCAGCUCCUUCAUGACGAUGCCAGCGCAGGAUGGUGGGCUUGGCUUGAUCCUUGUGAAUGACUUCUAUGCCAAAUUAUGGAAGAGGGGGGCUGAUUGCAAUGGUGUCGCUAUAUGGGUGCCGGGGAUAACUAUUCAACUGGGCAAGCUUCUUUCACUGAAUGCUGAGCACAACAGAGGUCCACUGUCUUUGCUGGGAUUUGCCGAGGACAGCAAUGCGUUCGUGGUUGGGGCAUCUAGGAUCGGUAUCUUCGUGGUCUAUCUCAAUCCUCUGAGGUUUAAGAAGAUUUAUGAAAGGAGGGAUCUCUGUAUCUUUCAUCCAUCUGAGAGUUUCUGUGUUGCAGGUAUCUAGAGUUAUGUUCCGGUAGCUGAGCUGUGGCGAUGUCGUCUUACUAUUGCAGGUUCUUCCAUCUUCCAUGCUGUGGGCUGUGGUCCGUGUAGAAAUUGGCCCUCCAUGUAGUCAGAAUGAAUUUGUAUCCGCUUCCGAUAACUGCUGCUGCCGUUAUUUCAGUAAUCUGUGUGGAACUAGUCAAAUCGCCAUUGCUUGCAUUUGUGCUGUGUAGUAUCUACUGUUGACUCUCAUAUUUGAUUCGAACUAAUGUUCUUGU